CGCCCGCGCGACUCUUGAACGUGAUCGCUAAUCAUGUCAUAUAUUUUUUGGACUUUAAUAAGUCGUCCACCAUUUUGAACAUAAGGCACUCUUUUCUUGAUCUUCAUUGCUGAAGGACACAUUGUCUCCGGGUCCUCUUCUGACGAUUAAGCUUCAUCAUGGUUGUCAAGGUUUACGUCGAUUAUCGCUCUCAGCCUUGUCGUGCGCUUGUCCUCUUUCUGAAAAACACCAAGAUCCCUUUUGAAAUUGAAACAAUUGACGUGAUAAAAGGUGAUAACAGGAAACCCGAGUUCGGAAAAGUGACUCCUCUGCAGACAGUACCUGCUAUUCAAGAUGGGGAUUUCAGCAUGGGGGAAACCGUGGCGAUUAUUCGGUACUUGGCAACGAAGUAUGCAGACCUAGUCCCAGACCACUGGUACCCGAAGGACCUGAAGAAAAGAGCCAGAGUUGAUGAAUACAUGGCCUUUCACCAUACAGGAACAAGAGGAGGAUGCUGUGAUAUAUUCGUCAGUGAGGUCCUCAUCCCAUUGUUUUCUGGAGGAAAGCAGCAUGCAUCGGAGGAAAGGUUGAAGAGAGACGAAGAAAACCUAACCAAACAACUAGACAAGCUCGAGAAUGCUUUCUUGCAGGAUAAUGAUUGGUUGGCUGGAGAUGAUAUCUCUGUCGCUGACGUGCUUGCUGUUUCCGAGAUCAUGGAAAACACUGUAAAUGGACGGGAUGUAACAGAGGGGAGACCUAAACUCAGGGCCUUUGUAGAUCGCGUGAAGAAUCGUCUCAAUCCUGCCUUUGAUGAAGUCCACGAAGCCGUGGAUGCAUGGAGAGACAGCUAUUAAGGAACUAGAUUUUCAGUACAAAUGCUUUAAAAGGAGUCUCACUUUUCCACAAGUUGUUCAAAUCGAAUCAUAUUCCCAAUUCUCUGAGUCUAUCGAACAGUUUUUUCUUUUACGGCUCUUUUUCUUCCUCUCAUCUUUGAAAUUAUUUUCUCUCUUUGUCUUAUAAAUCUCCAUGUAACAUUUGAUCUUCACAAUUAUCUCUCAAUUCUCCCUCAUUCCUUUUCCAUCCCCCUUCCUCCUCCUCCCCCCUCUCUCUCUCUCUCUCUCUCUCUCUCUCU